AUGCAAGACUUGUCCCAACAAGCCGAUCGACGCGUCGCCCAGCUUGGGUUGGCGGAUUCCAGCGCUAGUGACUCGGACCACGACGAGGUUAAGCCGCCCGCGCACGUCCGCGCCAAAGACUCAAGUGCGUCAAAUGGUGGUGGUAAGUCUUUAAAAUCCGGGAAGGAGUCAAAAAUUACGACUACCUUCCUUUAUCCUCAGCUAUGGCCGGAUAGCUUCCUCAGUCUCACGAAUGCUCGUCGUGAUAUUAAAUAUGAUGACCUGACGUUAGAGGAGUUCGUUGCGGGUUACGGACAAAUCCUCCAAUCCCCCGACCUUCCGGAGAUGAAGCGUUCCGCUCGGCUUAAGCAUUUGGUGUCUCUCAUGUAUUUUGCCCAGCAGUACGAGUGGCAAGCCGUACUCAGUUUUCACGGGGCUGUUCUUCUGGAGAUCGAGCGAGGCCUUCUCAAGUGGGGCGAUUCCUUGUUUCAUUUAGAGAGCCGUACUCUCUACGGGCUUCCUAAGACGCCCAAAUCAUCUACCAGUGGAGGAUCUUCCACGUCCUCCACCACAGUCUUGUAUUGUCGAGAUUUCCAACGGCACCAGUGUUCUUUUAAUCAAGCACAUUAUGGCUACCUAUUUUAUGGCGGCAUAUUUGCUUCGACUGCUGGGUGCAAUCACGAAAACAAGAGCACCAUCGCGCUGGCUCGUCCGAAUGUUCCCUUGCCUCUGCAAGUUCGGAGACAAAAAACUAACUACCUCGAACACCUUCGUCCACCAUGCUGAGUCCGUGGAUGAAUGUGCUCCUUGUUUUUCUGAGGAAGUCGAACAUGACAUUUUAUCUUCUAGCUUUGACCGUUUUCAUGAUGCAGUUGCUCCCUUUGCUUGUACCGAGUCUGUUAGCCGAUCAAGGUCUAGUUUACAGUCGAGUUUUUCACAAUAUUUUUCGCCUCGUGCGGCUUGUUAUUCUUAUCGGGAUGUUCAUGAUUUCGGGGCUCAAACUGGUAAACCAAAUUAUUUAGUUGCUAGGCUUACUGUACCCUCCACAUUGAAUAUUUUUACAUGGCGCGAGCUACUUCAAGAUUAUGAGGACAAUGUUGUUUGUGAAUUUUUAGAGUUUGGCUGGCCAGUUGGUUUUAUGCCCACUACAUUACCCGUUUUUGAUCUUCGGACUCAUCGCGGUGCCCCUCUGUUUUCGGAACAAGUUACCGCUUAUUUGACGAAGGAAAUUUCUCUCGGCAGGGUUGCCGGUCCUUUUGACGCCGUGCCAUUCACCGAUGGCUUUGUGGUUUCGCCUCUUAAUACUGUGCCCAAACGGGAUUCGGCUAAACGUAGAGUUAUUGUCUAUUUAAGCUGGCCCUGCGGUACCUCAGUGAACGACGGAAUUCCAAGUGACUCAACCCUGGGCGAGCCCAUUUCAUUGUCGUAUCCGACCAUUGAUUCGAUUGUGGAUGCAGUAAUUUCUCUGGGUCCGGGUUGUUUGCUCUACAAACGUGAUCUCAAAAAAGAGAUCGUCAGUUUCCAGUAG